AUGGGUCACCUCUAUCCACAGUGUGCUGGAUCCCUCUGCUGUUUCUGUCCUCCACUUUGUCUCUUGAGAGCUUCUUGCGAUGGCCCCAAAGAAGAAGGAAGAGCCGAAGCCUGCAGCAGCAGCAGCACCCCCCAAACCCCCAGAGCCUGAGCGCCCCAAGACCCCGGACUUUGACCCUACAACAGUGACGCUGGAAUUUACCCCCGAGCAAAUUGAGGAUUUCAAAGAUUCUUUCCAGCUGUUUGACAGGACACCAGGCAACGAGAUGAAAAUCACUUACGCCCAGUGUGGUGACCUGAUCAGGGCUUUGGGCCAGAAUCCUACCAACACAGAGAUAAUGUAUGUCCUUGGAAAGCCCAAGCCUGAAGACAUGCAGACCAAGAUGCUUGACUUUGACCAGUUUCUGCCCAUGCACCAACACAUUUGCAAAGCCAAGGACCGUGGAACAUAUGAGGACUUCGUGGAGGGUCUGAGGGUAUUUGACAAGGAGGGGAACGGCACAGUCAUGGGAGCUGAGCUCAGGCACGUCCUGGCAACACUGGGUGAGAAGAUGAGGGAGGACGAGGUGGAGCAGCUGAUGCAAAACCAGGAGGAUGCUAACGGGUGCAUAAAUUAUGAAGCUUUUGUGAAAUAUCUCAUGGCAUCUUAAAAAGGGUAUUUCAUCCUCAUUGUCAUUCUGGUACUACAUCUGUCUGCAUUAUGAAAUCAGUAUGAGUGAGUAAUGAGUUGGUCUCUCCUUAACUGGGAACCAAGACACUUAAUUCUUGACUGCAGAAGAUCUUUCCGUUUCUGUAAAUCCCAUCUUGUAUAUUUCUCAUCUCCAUGCAUCUCGGAUGGGUCUCUAACUCAUCAAUGUUUCACCUUGUUUUUCUAAGACCAACUGUGUUGAUGCUGUGCACACAUUGCACCUUACCUACAUGCUGUGGAUCAUGGUGAAUAAAUAAAUUCAUUUUGAUGCUGUUCUCUUUUUCAAAUCCA